GGACAGUCAGCCGCGUCGCUUCAGCCCGGAGCACCCUCGGCGGCCGCGCCUCCCGCCCUCCGUCCUUCUGCCCGGCCCCGCGCCACCAUGCCCGCCGUGGACAAGCUCCUGCUGGAGGAGGCGUUGCAGGACAGCCCCCAGACUCGCUCUUUACUGAGUGUAUUUGAGGAAGAUGCUGGUACCCUCACGGAUUAUACCAACCAGCUGCUCCAGGCGAUGCAGCGCGUCUACGGAGCCCAGGUAUCCUGCUGUGCCUUCCCCCCAAGAGGAGGAGAGUUUAGGAGCCCACGACUUAAGGGACGAUGUCUCUGUCACUCCCAAGAGUCUCUGUUCUGCCUCUCCAUGUCUGUCAGAAUCAUUUACUUGGAGAUGUCCAGAGGCUUUCUUACGCGAGGUGCUCACAGAGCCUUCCUCCUUCCACACAGAGACUUUUCUUUUCUUGGGGAAGCACAGAGCUCUGGGUUGGUGUAUUUUAUUUUUCUUUGCUCUAAGAUGUUUGUUUUCUCUUGUUCAGAGGUUAGCACUUUAAAGGAUCUUUUUGGACUCGCCAGUAAUGAGCAUGACCUCUCAAUGGCAAAAUACAGCAGGCUUCCUAAAAAAAAGGAGAACGAGAAGGUGAAGACAGAUGUCGUGAAAGAGGUGGCAGCUGCACGGCGGAAACAGCACCUCUCUUCCCUUCAGUACUACUGCGCCCUCAACACGCUGCAGUACAGGAAGCGUGUGGCCAUGAUGGAGCCCAUGAUAGGCUUUGCCCACGGACAGAUUAACUUUUUUAAGAAGGGAGCAGAGAUGUUUUCCCAAAAUAUGAACAGCUUUUUAUCCUCAGUUGCGGACAUGGUCCAAAGCAUUCAGGUGGAACUAGAAGCCGAAGCAGAGAAGAUGCGGGUGUCCCAGCAAGAACUGCUCUCUGUUGAUGAGUCUGUUUACGCCCCGGACUCUGACGUGGCUGCACCACAGAUCAACAGGAACCUCAUCCAGAAGGCUGGUUACCUUAAUCUUAGAAGUAAAACAGGGCUGGUCACCACCACUUGGGAGAGGCUUUACUUCUUCACGCAAGGCGGGAACCUCAUGUGUCAGCUGCGGGGCGCCGUGGCCGGAGGCCUGAUCCAGGACCUGGACAACUGCUCGGUGAUGGCAGUGGAUUGUGAAGACCGACGAUACUGCUUCCAGAUCACCACGCCCAACGGGAAAUCGGGAAUAAUCCUCCAGGCAGAAAGCAGAAAGGAAAAUGAAGAGUGGAUAAGUGCCAUAAACAACAUCUCCAGACAGAUCUACCUGACUGACAACCCAGAGGCGGUCGCCAUCAAGUUGAAUCAGACGGCUCUCCAAGCAGUGACUCCCAUUACAAGUUUUGGAAAAAAGCAAGAAAGCUCAUGCCCCAGUUUACACGGGCAGCAUGUUCAUGAAGGGCAGCGCUACGGAGGGCGCUGCGAGUGGAAGUGGGAAUACGGAUCGGGCCAGUGGGCUAGGCCGCGAGCCUCGUCGGUGAAGGCGCCGGCCUGCUCUCCGUACAGCUGCGAGCUGGGCACGCUGGAGAACGCUGGCCUCGGAAUUAUGAGACCUUCCGAUGGCUCUGCCUUCAACACAGCUAGCUGGCCUGGCGUGGCUCAGCUCUCUGGGCCUCUGUCUCCUUGACUUUGUGACACAAGAAGAUGCAAAACUAGGUGACCGCCCCGGUCCCUUUGCAGUUCUAACACUGUCUAAGGUGCCCAUGUGUCGUUUGACUAGUGUUAGUAAUUAAAGGUAUGACUGGUUUUCUAAAAAAACAAUUUGUAGCUCAGAUUUAAUUAUUCAGUUACUGA